GUCACCCGCGUGACAGGUAGGAAUAUUCACCACUAUACUGCAACGACUUGAUUUGAUAAUAGAAGAUUUAUACAGAAUGAACUAAAGCAAUGGUGAGAUUUUGUUGUGUAUGUGAGCAGAGGAAAGGAACUUGGCUUGGGUUGUGCUUGCAUAUUGGUCAGUGGGCUUUGGAGGAAAAAUUAAUGACUCGUUUUGUUUAUGGCGAGGCCCAUAGGAUGAGCCGAACAGGAAUUGAUAUGAAUUCCCAAAUGGCGUUCACGCAGAGUUGUAAAUCUCCCAUGGCUCGCUUUGCUUCAGAUUCAUUCACCCUCCACAGAAUCCCGCUCUCCUUUCGGAUCCCUCAGCCUCUCCUUAAACCCAUCGCUGCCGGAUUUCGAACUUCCCGCCGGAAAUUUUCAGGCAUAGUCUGCCAAACGCUUCCUAAUCCCGCCGACACUUCCUCCGAUGCGGAAAAAUCAUCGGACGGUCCUGAAUCAGUCGGUGACAGCACUGGCCAAACCGCUAGCUCUUCCAGUAAUCAGGGUUUCCCAGAAUUUCCCGAUAAAAAUAUCAAUAGACGGGUUGCAAUCAUUUCUACCGUUUCAGCUCUGGCACUUUUCUUGUCAGCUCGAUUGGAUUUUGGAGUUUCUUUGAAGGACUUAGCUGCGGCGGCUUUGCCUUAUGAAGAGGCUCUCUCAAAUGGGAAGCCCACUGUGGUGGAGUUCUACGCAGAUUGGUGUGAAGUUUGCAGGGAAUUGGCUCCAGAUGUAUACAAAGUGGAGCAACAGUUCAAGGACCGUGUGAAUUUUGUUAUGCUGAAUGUUGACAAUACAAAGUGGGAGCAGGAGCUUGAUGAGUUUGGUGUUGAGGGUAUUCCACAUUUUGCUUUUUUGGACAAACAGGGGAAUGAAGAGGGUAAUGUAGUUGGCCGACUUCCAAGACAAUAUCUGCUCGAGAAUGUCGAUGCUCUUGCUCGUGGAGAAGCGUCGAUACCUCAUGCUCGUGUUGUUGGACAGUUUUCAAGUGCUGAAGCAAGGAAAGUGCACCAAAUUUCUGAUCCAAGAAGUCAUGGGUAGAUUCUCCUCCUUUCUCUGCAUUAGGGUUAAGUGUCAAUUCAAAUACUCUCUGGUUCAUCUUGUGUCAUAUAUCCAAUGGUUUGUUGUAUUAUGGACAUAAUUUCUCCUCUUGAUGGUAAAUAAGUCUUUAUUUCUACUCUUCA